AAGAAAUGCUAGAUAGCAGAGGGUAAAGAGAAGAUUCAAAAUUGGCGGUUCGAUUUGAAGUGUAGUAUCAAGAAUUUAGAAGUACAGUGAACCGCCGAUUGUGCAAUUUUCUCCGGCGAGUGACGAUGAAGCUGAAACUUAGAUCCAUGAAGCUGAGACUUAGAUCCGUCGAGACCAAAGAGACCAUUCCGGUCGACGUCCCUCCGUCUACCACCCUGCCGGAACUCAAACGCCGCCUUUCUCUGGCACUCCCGGCAUCAUCCGCUUUCUCUAUGCAUUCUUCAGAUUCCAUUCGUCUCUCGCUCAAUAAAAAAGACGAGCUUCGAAGCUCUUCACCUGAUGAAACGCUCGAGAUGCUAGGUAUUACGUCUGGCGACCUUAUCUUCUUUGCCCUUAAUCCCAAUGUUCAAGAAUCGUCUGAAUCCCAAAUUACCACUGGUUUAAGCCCUAAUUUACCGGCUGAAUCGACUGAUUCUAUCAACCUGAGCCAGAAAUCCCUAGAAUUAAGUUCCAAUUUACCGGUGGAAUCGACCAAUACGUCUGAUUUCAACAGCCUGAGCGACAAAGCUCCAGAGCUGGUAGAUCAGGGAGAGGAAGAAGAGGUGGAAGUCAUGGAAAUCGAUUGGGAAGAAAAAGAUGCGGACGUGGUUGGGAAAUCGUUUUCAGUUCCUGGAUUCUUAAGGAAAGUGUUCACGAAGGAGUUGAGUGAUAGUGAUGGUGGCCGUGAUCACAAGCUCUUGCUGAUUGCUGUUCAUGCUGUUCUGCUUGAGUCAGGGUUUGUUCGUUUGGACCCAAUUUUGCAUAAAAAAGUACCGAAUCAAUGGAUUUUGACAGAACCGCAAGUUAGUAUUCUCAGUUAUUCACUGCCUGAGAUUGCUGAUGGUGAUACUGACCAGAACAGCAAUGCUGUUCCCACUGUUGAGCUGAAAUUUCAGACCCUAGGGAAGUUUGUGAUAGUUUAUGGUUCCCUUUCUGGCAAUUCCUCAGUGCAUUCUGUACAGCUGGACAAAGAUCACUUUGUGCCAUUCUUGAAUGUUGCAUGGUCUAAUUGUGGGUUAUCUGAAGAAAUUGCUGGUAAAGAUGGCCUGUUAUGCACUUCUCCUGAGAAAGAGGUCUUCGAGUUUUGGAGGACUGUGAAGGAUGGACUAGCAUUGCCAUUGUUGAUUGAAUUGUGUGAGAAAGCUGGUUUUGGACUCCCUCCGUGCUUUAUGCGGCUUCCUACUGAACUAAAGCUGAAAAUUCUGGAGUUGCUACCUGCUGUUGACUUAGCAAAGAUGAGUUGUCUGUGCUCAGACUUGCGGUACUUGGCCUCAAAUGAUGACCUUUGGAAACAGAAGUUCGAGGAGCAGUUUAAUGCUGAUUGGUUUCGGAAUGGGGGCAGUUGGAAGCAGAAGUUUGUCGCAGCUAUGGAAAAUCGCAAGCAAAGGAAAAAUAUGCGCAGAAGAAGAGUUUUUGAUCCACUGAGAUAUGUAAAUCCUCCAUUUAUGGGUCCUUGGCAGCCCCUUAUUAUCAGAGAUCCUGAUCCACUUCUACCGCCAUUUGACAAUGUUCCUCCUCCCUCAUGGUGGGCUAGUCACGUGCCUCGUUGUAAUCGCAGAGGGCCCUGAAUCAGGAAGAACUUUGCUUAAUCAUGAUAUUGAUAUUCUCUGGUGACAGAUUCUAGCAUCAAUAGCCAAGGAGGCAUCAGAGCUUCACUGACACAACAACUAUGGCUUUGUUUUCUGUUCUUGCAUAGAAAUACUGGAAAUAUGGCACUCUUUAGCUAGCUGUAAAUCUGUAAUAAGCUGAUAAAAUUGUUUGUUAGGAACAUGAAUUCCAUGGGAUUGAUUGUUAGCAAUACCUUAAAGUUGAUUUUGGUUAAACGCAGUGGUGUUUUUUCAG